GAACUUUACCCAUAAUGCUCAGCUGAAUCGUAUUUCCGGUACGUGUUUCUUCCUUUAUCCUUGCGGUAAGCUACAGCAAGAGGAGAGACAAAAUGCUGGCAACCAGAGCACUUCGUCUUCUUGGACAACGAGCCCUGUCAACUUCAGCCUGCCUGCGUGGGCACGGAGUUGCCAAGGUUGAGGACUACACCCUGCCAGCUUAUUUUGACCGUCGUGAGUCCCCCUUGCCUGAGAUUAAGUAUGUCCAGCAUCUGAGUACAGAGCAGAAGUCUCUCCAAGAGAAGGAGAAGGGGUCAUGGGCUGCUUUGUCCAACGAGGAGAAAAUUGCAUUGUACCGUAUCAGCUUUAAGGACAGCUUUGCUGAGAUGGGUAAGGGUACAGGAGAGUGGAAGACCGUGAUUGCUGGACUGCUGUUCUUCCUAGGCUUUACUGGCUUUGUUGUGCUGUGGCAGAGGAAAUACGUUUACGGGGAUGUUCCUCCCACCUUUGACCCCGAGUACAAGGAGAAGGAGCUUCAGAGGAUGCUGGACAUGCGGAUGGACCCGGUCCAGGGCUUUUCUGCCAAAUGGGACUAUGAGAACAAAAGUUGGAAGUAAUAAAUUUGUCAGGGGACCACAUGAGAACUUCUUUUUAGCUUACAAUGUGCAAAUCUGUAAAAACAAAAAAGUCUGUUAGACUUUGUCUCAGUACCUCAGUAAAUGUUGUGGAAGACCACUUCCUCCUAAGGUUAAUUGUGUACAAUAAAGAAAAAGUUCUUAAUCAA